AACUAUUUUUCGCCCUCUUUCAUUCUUCCUGCAAUUGAAGAAUACGAAGAAGAGGAACAAGAGAGAGAAACCAAAACCCUAAUUUAAAGUCUCUCUUUUCUUCUUCUUUAAUCUUCAUCAGGAGGAAAAUUCGAUUCCCUCUUUAUCUCCCUUCAAAUGCCUUCCCUAGCCAUGGUCGAUUCCAUCUCACCCGAAUCCCCAAAGACCCACAAAAAAGAGAAAAAAAUGAAGCUUGAAACCCUGAUUUCCGACACCAAAAUCAACAAAAAAGAGAAAAUUAGCAGCGGUAAGAAGAGUAAAGAAGAGAAAGAGAAGAAGAAGAAGCGUAAAGCUGUGGAUUUGAAUGAUGAUGACGAUGAAAAUAAGAGUGACUCUAGCUCUGAAUUAAUUGAGCCUGUUUCUGCUGAUUCAAAGGUUAAGAAGAAGAAGGCUAAAUUAAUGGAAGCUAGUGAUGUUGAGGAAGAGGAGAAUGAUCCUAAUUCGCUUUCGAAUUUUCGGAUUUCAAAACCUUUGAAGGAUGCAUUAACUUCAAAAGGAAUCAAAGCUUUAUUUCCUAUUCAAGCCAUGACUUUUGAUAUUGUUCUUGAUGGGUGUGAUUUAGUUGGCCGUGCGCGUACAGGGCAGGGCAAGACACUUGCUUUUGUGCUACCAAUAUUAGAAUCACUUGUGAAUGGGCGCACUAAAACGCUAAAGAACAGUGGUUAUGGGAGAUCCCCGAGCGUCUUGGUUCUCCUACCCACCAGGGAAUUGGCAACUCAGGUCUAUGCUGAUUUUGAAUUGUAUGGACGUGCCGUAGGACUUGCAUCUUGCUGUGUAUAUGGGGGAGCACCCUUCCAAUCUCAGAUAACUAGCUUGAAAAGAGGUGUUGAUGUUGUAGUAGGAACACCUGGCCGUGUUAAGGAUCUUUUGGAAAAGGGUUGUCUUAACCUUGGCUCAUUGCUGUUCCGUGUCUUGGAUGAAGCUGAUGAGAUGCUUAGAAUGGGUUUUGUUGAUGAUGUUGAAUUGAUACUAGGGAAAGUUGAUGAUGUCACCAAAGUUCAGACUCUUCUCUUUAGUGCAACCUUACCCAAUUGGGUAAAGCAGAUUUCUACUAGGUUUCUCAAGUCUGCUAAGAAAACUGUGGAUCUUGUAAGUGAUCAAAAAAUGAAGGCAAGCACCAAUGUCAGGCACAUUGUUAUGCCAUGUUCUGCAUCUGCAAGGGCUGAUCUCAUCCCAGACAUUAUUCGUUGCUAUGGCAGUGGAGGCCGUUCUAUAAUUUUUACCGAGACAAAAGAAUGUGCGUCCCAACUUGCUAGCUCAUUGCCGGGAGCACGACCUUUGCAUGGGGAUAUACAACAGACACAACGUGAGGUUACCCUUAAAGGAUUUAGAUCUGGAAAGUUUAUGACACUGGUAGCAACAAAUGUAGCAGCUAGAGGCCUCGAUAUAAAUGAUGUGCAGUUGAUCAUUCAAUGCGAACCGCCACGUGAUGUUGAAGCUUAUAUUCAUCGUUCUGGUCGAACGGGAAGAGCUGGUAACACUGGUGUAGCAGUGAUGCUUUACGAUCCAAAGAAGUCCAGUGUAUCAAAAAUAGAAAGAGAAUCUGGUGUGAAAUUUGAACACUUAUCUGCACCCCAGCCGGCUGAUGUUGCCAAAGCAGCUGGUGUUGAGGCAGCUGAAGCCAUCUCCCAAAUAUCUGAUAGUGUGAUUCCAGCUUUCAAGGAUGCUGCAGAGGAGCUUUUGAGUACUUCUGGUCUAUCUGCUGUGGAUAUACUUGCAAAAGCUCUUGCUAAAGCGGCUGGGUAUUCGGAUAUAAAGGAAAGAUCACUCUUAACUGGCAUGGAGGGUCAUGUAACAUUACUACUGGAGGCUGGAAGACCAAUAUAUACCCCAUCUUUUGCGUUCUCUAUAUUACGGAGGUUCUUACCCGAGGACAAGGUAGAGUCAGUUAAAGGGUUCGCAUUGACAGCUGAUCAGAACGGUGCUGUUUUCGAUGUUCCAGUCGAAGAUUUGGACACAUUCCUCGUUGGUUCAGAAAACGCUGCCCAAGUGAGGUUGGAGGUGGUAAAAGCCUUGCCUAAAUUACAAGAAAGAGACGUAUCGAGAGGAAGAUUCGGUAAUUAUAGAGGUGGAUACUCUGGUAGCGGCGGUCCUAGGUUUGGCGGGAGAGGGAACCGUGGUGGGUAUUCUGAUCAAAGGAACAACAACCGUUUUUCUAAUGGAUACAGUAGAGGAAGAGGCCGCGGUUACUAAAAGCAUUCAAGAGCCUUUCUUCUGGCACUUGGUGCUUAAAAUUUUGAGGACGAAUGCCUUUUAUUUUUCUUUUUCGCGAUUAAUUUCUAUUUCGGGUUCCAUAAUUUUAUUCUGCUAAGUUAGAACUUCUAGCCGAUUGAUUUUAAGCCCUUAAGCAAUUAAGUAUAAGCUUUCUAGUAAAUUAAAAUGUUAUUAUAGAGUUUUAUGCAUACUAAUGUUACUUAAAAUGUUAAUUCAUUAAGAACCGAAAGGAAUGUUUUUAUGAAAGAGUUUUUUGUCCCCA